CGCGCUCCAGCCGCGGCUGCCGCACGUACUGCUCCACGCGACACGAUUAUAAUUUUAUCAGUGCUGUGAUUCAGUGUCAUGUUGUGAUAGUGCAGUGUAUAAUGGAAUCGACGCCGAUCUGUCGGUGCCGCGUGCUGUACCUCGGCUCUGCGGUGCCGCAGCAGAGUAAGGACGGCCUGCAAGGCAUUCAGGAACCUUUGCGCGAGUUGUACCCGGAAAAGGGAGCGACCACCGGUGGCAUAGAUUCGUGGCUCUCCGUGUGGUCAAAUGGAAUUUUGCUCGAGAACAUUGACGAAAGUGGGUCGCGGGUGGCCAGGUUCUUCCCGAUAUCGAGCCUGCACUACUGCGCGGCGGUGCGGCGGGUGACGGUGGAGGGUGCACCGAGGUUCCUGCCGCUCGACUCGCCGUUCGCGCGGGCGCCAGCUCCCAGGCGCCCUCCUUUAUUCGCGGCGGUGUUACGCCGCACGCAGGGUAUAAAGGUGCUGGAAUGUCACGCCUUCAUAUGCCGUCGCGAGGCGGCCGCUAAUGCGCUAGUCCGAUGUUGUUUCCAUGCGUACGCAGAUAGUUCGUACGCCAAACGAUUAGAAGCCGAACGAUCCCCGUCUCAGUUGCCCCCGGAGCCGGAGGAGGAACUGGAGGUAUACGAUGGCGAUGAGAACCACAAAGUAUGGGUGGGUGAAACUGAAAGGGACGACGCGAGUGAUGACAUUCCUCAUCCGACGCGAGCGCCGCGACCUCGGCAGAUCACACGACCGGCCUCCGUGCCCCCUCCACCGCCGCCGCCCGAGGAACCCAAAAAGAAAUCGGCUACAAAAAAAACUAAAAAGAAGUCGUCAGCUUCAGCGGACGAGUUAUAUGCUACAAUGCCUGGGCCAGGACCGGCGCCGGCUCACAUGAUGAAUGGCAGGUCGCUGGGACGCGCGCCGCCGGCGUGGGCGGCUGCGCACCCCAUGGUGUUGGUCGCCCAUCCGGCUGCGACCCUACCUCAUGCGAGGCCAGCCACGUUAACCCAUAGAGGUCGGGUGCCAGCUGCUCUAGGACCUGGGCCAUUCCCGCCGGGUCCUCCACCUGGAAGGGGUCGCUUGCAAUACGCUACAGUGGACCCUAGGCGUUCGAAGCCUCCACCGGCGGCGAUGAAGGCUGCUCAAAGCAUGAAUGGACUGGAAGCUGUGGAAGACGCGGGUGGGAUAUACAGGAAGAAAGGCCAUUUGAACGAGCGGGCGUUCUCAUACAGCAUCAGGCAAGAGCACAGAAGUCGAUCGCAUGGAUCCCUCGCCAACUUGAAGUUCGCCGCUCCACCUGAGGUGGAGUCAGGUCGAGAAGAACUGAAGAAGGAGCGAGAGAUUAUGCAACUGGUGGCAGGGCUGCAACUGAGCGCUGACGAAGUAGACCGAAGGGAAAUGGCGCACAUGAUGAGAGUGAGACAUGGGCCAAGAUAACACCACGCCCUGCAAUUGGUGCCUACAGCUGUUUAAAGAGAGGUCAUUCAGCAAGCUUAGUCUCCUAUGAAUAUCGAUUACAUUACGAUUGCAAAAUCGAUUUUUAUCUUCUUACUGCCACACACCAAAGUGCUGUCACUUUGAUUUAAUUAAUAUUUAUGUAAACAACAGGUUAUAUUUUCAAAGGAAUAUUUUUACAGUUUGUAAGUGCACAUUAGUGUGUGGCCCUCAACGCGAAUGGCUCCUUUAUUUGCAUCACUAGAAUAACUCCGCCCUGAGUUCAAAAUACAAACAGAUUCACUCGAUUUUAAUCAAUUUAUUGAGAAAUCGAUUUUACGCUACACGUACCGAGAAUAUUAAUUUGAAGUAGUCACAUGGUGUUGUGUUCGAUUUUGUAUUUAAAAACUGAAAUUAUACAUUGUUUUUAAUUAUUGAUAGAGAUUUACCAGCAAUGCAAUAAAUUACGUAAUUUUAUAUUUUAAUUGAAAGACUGCCAAGUUAUUAUGGACCACGCCAUGUAGCGAAAUACAGAUUUAGUAUCGUUUACAUAUCAAUACGAACAAUGAAUACUGGUGUCAGUAUGUCAGGGCCCAACAAUAACUUGUUGGUCUACAAAAAGAGUCUUAAGCUGUCUUGAAUAAAAUUUUAUUUUACAUAAAGGUCGUAUAUGUCAAUUCCUGUAUUUAAAAAAACAAUGCUUAGAAUGUAAUUACUCUUUUAUUAAUCAAACUUAUAACGUGUUUAGUAAUUAGAUAGGUUUUAUCAAAUUAAAGUCAGCUUUAUAUCCGUAUGAAAUAGGUACUAAAGUGGAAUGACUAAUAAGCAAUACAAAACUUUAAUUGCACAUUUCAUAAACAGUUCGAUAUGUGAGUCUGUGCGCAACUGUUUUUAAUAUAAAUAAAUAUAUUCCUUAUUGUGGACUUCAGUAUCUUUGCAACAGGAGUGGAGAUAAUAAAAUAAAAAUCACAAAUACAUCCACAAAUUCUGGAAAUACACAAAUACCACUAUAUAUGUAAUUACGAGCUCUCCCCAUUAUCACUAUAGUUGUGUUAAUUAAAUAGAAAUUAUCUAAUUUAAGACUGUCUUCAAAUUAGACAAAGAAAUUACAGAUCAAGUCAACAAUUUGAAAUACACACGUUAUUCACGUAAUCAUUUUUGUGAAAUGUGUAAUUUAGCAUUGUAUUCCAAAUAAAGCAUUCCGAAUUUUGUAUUAAUCGAAAGUGCCUUAGUAAUGUUUAUGUUAUGAUUAUUUUAGAAAUUAGCUGGUUUAAUAUAGAAAAAAAAUACCUACAUAUCAUCGCCACAGAGUGAAAACCUUGCAUAUGUUUAUUGUGUAUUUUACAUGUUUUCACCGAUUUUUAUUGGAGUUCGUUCAUUCAUAAAUAUGUAUAAUUUAAGUAAUUGAAAUGCUAAUUAGUUAAAAGUUAUAAAAAAUCAAAAUCUAAAGAUCUGCAACAAGCAUAUAGAAAAAUUCGUAGUCUGCUGGUUCGUUCCGUAGGUCAGUUGGAAAAGCAUCAGACACGGUAUGGUGACGGCACUGGUUCGAAUCCAGCAGGAUCGAAUUUUAUUUUUGCCAACUUUAAAUAUUAUUGUGUUUAUUAUGCUGUAUUUUACACCACAUUUUUAUCUUUUGCCUGAAAAAUUACAUAACAAAAAACAUACGAGGUAUUCACUCUAAGAGCCAGCGGUAACCGGUGGCCUGCAAGGUAGGGAACAUUAAAUUUAUCAGUGUAUAAGAAGGUACUAAAAUCUCUACCUAGAUGUUACUAGCAGUCCAGAAUGCCAAAAGAUCCAGUACAAACAAUUUCGACAACUCGAUAACUUGACCCGUAGCUCAGUUGGUAAGAACAAUACUACAGUGCAGUAUGAUCGUGAGUCCAUCGAGUCGAAAAAGAUUUUCUAUGUGUUCGAUCUUUGUAUUAAUAAUAUAAUAAAAACUAGUACAGUUAUUUCACAAAAAAUCUCCGUAAUACAUUGUAAAAAUAGUUACAUUUCCUAUCUGUAACAAUCGCGAAAACCUGAGAACUCCAUGUAAGGUAUAAAUUUCGAUACUCUGAGAUGCAGAGGGAAAUUCAAAAUUGAAAUAGCAUAAAUAUACAUUGAUAAAUUUAAUCUCCUCUGCCUUUCCCUCAGUCGAUUUAUGCUGGGCCUAAUUGGACGAUAUGAACAUGUAUGUAUGUUAUAAUAAAUACCAACUGACGGCUUCAAAAACCACGUACACAUUUCCCUACAUCAUAGUAAAAUUGUACUGCUUGCUACCGUUUGCCAAGUCGAACAUUUCAUUGGUUCCUCGCUAAAAAAAUACACCUCAAAUUACUCCCAUUAAGUACCGAAGUGGAGCGAAGAAGAACUAUGUCUCAGUAACCAAUAAUAUUGCGAUAUUUUGAUUUAGUCCGAAUUACGAGAUUCUGUUUGUUACUGAAAGAGGUUUUCUACGCUCUGGUUGGGUAAAUAAUGGACAUAAUUGUGUUUUUGUCGAUAGUUUCUGUUUUUGACUUGAUUAAUCCUAGUGCUUUAUUUGCGCGAGUAGAUAAGUAAAAUACGUUUAAGUUUAACCAUUUAAGAUCCAGCAAAACACAAUGGAAAAACACCAAAAUCAUUCCAUUCAAGACCUUUGUGAACUUUAUGGCUUUAUAUAAAGUUUACAAUGGUCUUAAAUAACAUAUAGGUCCUUAUUAUAUGACACCCUAGAAGGACAUAGCAAAGAAGGGCAUAUAAAGUAACAUGUAAAACAAUAAAACAACCUAAAAAAAUUUAAAUAUCGACUGUGAACUAGCAAUCGGUACUAUCUCAAUUUUGACAACAUUAGUAUUCCCUAUCUACAAAAAUACCCUUUUCAUACAAAACUGAGAGCACACUUGAUUGGGCCUGACUAUAAAAAUAAAGUAAAUAGUAGUUAUGUGUUAAUUAAGAGCUAGCAUAUCGACUGUGAACUGGCAAUCGGUACUGUCUCAAUUUUGACAACUUUACAGGUUGAAGAAAAAACAGUU